UCAAUAAUGGCGGCCGAACGGGCGUGCGGCUUUCGCCUGGAGAAGAGAAGGAGAUAUCCCGUUAUCCAAGCCAGCAUGCUUCCAUAGUUCGCGGCCAUGCUACUCGGGGCUUCCGAUAAACACUCCAUUUCACUCUCUGCACUAUUGCUGCCUCCUCGCAAAUCGGCGGGGCUCUGCCGGAAUUCAGCUGGAAUCGUGAGCGAGCCGCAGGCUUCGUCCAAAUCGAGCCCGGAGCUCGAUGAUUUACAAGAAGAGGAGCAAGAAGACGAGGAACCGCCGGCAUCUAUGCUUAGAUUGUCCGGAUUGGCAGCGGCUUUUGCAGCAGCAACGUUAUUUCUAUAUGUCAUAUGGAGUUAUGCGCCUAGUUCCGGAGCUAUGCGGAGGCUGGCAUUUCCAAAAAACCUCGAAGAUUUGCGGAAAUUAGCUGACUCGCUAGAGGGAUACAAAGACGCGCAUCCACUGUACACCGCCUUCAUAUUUGGUUAUGCAUAUCUUUACAAACAAACAUUUGCUAUACCAGGAUCCUUCUUUCUGAAUCUCUUGGCUGGCGCACUUUUUGGCGCAUGGAAAGGAAGUGUUCUUGUUUGCAUUCUGAAUGCCAUUGGUGCUUCCGGCUGCUACAUGCUCUCGGCAUUAUUUAUGAAGCCGAUCAUAGAUAGGUGCCUUAAAAGUCGGCUUACUGUACUUCGACGGAAAAUAUCUGUUGAGCGACAACAGUUAUUUAUGUUUUUACUGGGAGCACGGGUUCUUCCAUUUUGUCCACAUUGGUUGCUCAACAUUUGCUCUCCAUUCGUUGGUAUCUCAUUGCUUACCCAUGCAGUAACCGUGUUGAUUGGUCUGAUUCCUUACAACAUCCUUUGCGUCCGCGCUGGCUGUGUCUUGGCCAACGUUCGCUCCAUCAAUGAUGUCUUCGAUGUCAAAACGGUUAUGGAGUUACUAGCUGUUGCAGCCUUUUUCGUCUGUGUUGGCGUACUUUCCCGGCGUCGUCGGAGAAACGAAGCUGAAGUAGAUCGCGCUGCGACUGAAUGAUGGGUGUUCCACCUAACACCAGGUUUAAUCAUUUGGUACACAUUGCCUUCUUAUCUAGCAGUUUGAAUAGUGCUCUAGGAAAACUUAUAAUCUUUUUUCUCAAAUCCGUUCAGGUGCAAUUUUACAGCUGCAAGUUUUAACAGCAUUUUCUCUUUUUCUCCUGCAAAUGUAAUCAUUGCCAUUCUGUUGAUGCGUGUCACCUCAUUCAUCUCUUUUGUUCGAGAUUUUAUGCAUUCCAGUUGUGAACUGAUAAAUUACGGGUAUGUGAUUCAUUGUCUUUAUUAACUCUAGAGGUGUAUUCUUUAGGCAUUAAUAGACAUAUCAUGAGAC